GAUGACUGGGCUUUAAAAGGCGCAAGGCGCCCACACUGUCCUCAUUAUCGCAAAUGUAGUCGGAAAUCUGUUUAAAAAUAAAGUAACCACAAAGGAGUGACUUCACACGAGCUUUGUUGUUCAGAGCGUUCUGUCGUUCUUGGAAUAAACAAACAACCCUUUUCACAAAAUAAAAAUACUUCUAUUGACAAAGAAUCGCGGCUAGACAGGCACCCGAAAAAAAGUUUAGUCCCAUACUAUCACGUCACCUUUUACUGCCUUGGUUUGCCGUUUUCGAAUUAAGUGUUUUCCUCACCGGCUUCCGUACUUAGUUUCAAUCUGCUGUCAAGAGCUUUCAGUAAUGUACAAGUUAAUAGGAUUUGCAGCUUUUCCUGUGAGCAUGACUCUGAGGACUGUGUCUGUACAUGCCUCAAGUGAAGAGGACAAGCAAGAUAAAGAAGUUCUUACACUUGAUAAGCUGUCGCUGUAUUCGGAACCAGUUAUCAAAUAUGAAUAUAAAGAAAAAGAGCCAGACCAGCUGGAAGAGAGCAUUUCUUGGCUUCGACAGUCCGUUGAUCCAUAUACUACAUGGUGCAAGAGUACAUAUGCUAAAGUGAAACCAAGUAUAGAAAAUAUCGUACAAAUUGGAAAUGAUAACUACAAGAUUUUAAAAGACCCACCUGCUGGAUUUUAUCCUCGAAUGGGAGUCAUUGGAUUUGCAGGCAUUGCUGGGCUUUUCCUUGCUAGAGGUUCAAAACUAAAGAGGAUGGUAUAUCCAGUUGGUUUGAUGACCAUUGCUGCCUCAUUAUAUUACCCACAACAAGCUGUUAAUGUCGCAAAGACAACACAAUCAAGGUUAUACGAGUGGGGCAUCCAAAGCUACGUUUCUUUAGAAACUCUCUGGAAGGACAGCUCCAACAAAAAGAAGCCCAAAAAAGGAAAGGCAGAAAAGGUCUCUGAGAAGCCAGGUGAUGAAACAGAAGCAGCAGUGCCAGAGAACCCUGCUGGUGCAUCUAAAUAAACAGGGUGAACUUUCAAUGAUAAUGGAAAAUUCAACAGCUUUGGAACAGGAAGAAUUAUUCAGUUGUUUUCCAUCUUCUUUUUAAAGUAUUGGGUAGUAUUUGAAGGCAAGCUACCAUUCUCAGGAAGUAUUUCAAAGUACAUUACCAACUUAAUGUCCAAUAUGACUGUGACAGGAUAGUACACUGUAUCAUCAGAAAAGAGAAGUAUUUUAAGUCUCACUCCCUGUUAACUUGCAAAUGUAUAUUUAUAUAUGAAAUUAAAACCAAAUUGAAAGCC